UAUUGUAAAAAGAGGAAGAAAUGCACUGCCGUUGACUGGCAUGGCGCUGAGAAGAAAUGCAAGUUGCACGAAUCGUCAUACACGAGAAUAAAGGCAACAAGGGCUUCUGCUCAUCAUCCGGAGAGUGUGGUACAGUAUGCAAAGAAGGGGUCCUGCAAGAAAGCUGGGGCCAAACACGGCAAGAGCAAGAAGGCCGGGACAAAACAUGGGAAGAGCAAGAAAGCUGGGGCGAAACACGGCAAGAGCAAGAAGGUCGGGAAAAAACAUGGGAAGAGCAAGAAAGCUGGGGCGAAACACGGCAAGAGCAAGAAGGUCGGGAAAAAACAUGGGAAGAACAAGAAAGCUGGGGCGAAACACGGCAAGAGCAAGAAGGUCGGGAAAAAACAUGGGAAGAACAAGAAAGCUGGGGCGAAACACGGCAAGAGCAAGAAGGUCGGGAAAAAACAUGGGAAGAGCAAGAAACCUGGGGCGAAACACGGCAAGAGCAAGAAGGUCGGGAAAAAACAUGGGAAGAGUAAGAAACCUGGGGCGAAACACGGCAAGAGCAAGAAGGUCGGGACAAAACAUGGGAAGAGCAAGAAACCUGGGGCGAAACACGGCAAGAGCAAGAAGGUCGGGACAAAACAUGGGAAGAGCAAGAAACCUGGGGCCAAACACGGCAAGAGCAAGAAGGUCGGGAAAAAACAUGGGAAGAGCAAGAAACCUGGGGCGAAACCUAGCAAGAGCUCGAAGGGUACUAAAGCCAAAACUAAGAAUGGUGUAAACAAGGUUGGAAUUAAGGGCAAACAUGCUGCCAAAUCAAGAGCGCAAUGCCACUUCCCGAUGGUGUGGAACUACUUGGAGAAGAUCUGUGUGAAGCCGCCUACUGGUCUGUGCAAAACUGGUGAUAGAUGGGAUGUAAACAAACGGGCCUGUGUCAAAGGGUGUAAGCCAAUGGAGGCCUGGAAUGACAAGACAAAGCGCUGUGAGCCAAAGCCGCAGGAUCUGUGUCGACCCGACGAGACAUGGGACACAAAGUCAAGAAAAUGUGUCAAGAACAAGGUAAAGAAGAAGAAGCUUGCUGGGAAGAAGCAUUCAGGGAAGAGGAAGACCGGGAAAAAGAAAAUUACCGGUAGCCUUGAGACGAAUCUUAAAUCCGGCAAAUCGAAGAAGAAAAAGUCUAAAAAAAUAGGCUCUGUUGUCAUACAUGAACAGAAGAAACUGUUGAAACACGGGGUGAUACAUAAGAAAAUGUUGACUAUGGCGAUGAAGCAGAAGCUCAAACCUUCAUUACACAAUCAAGCAAAAAGUCAUAUAGAGUUGAUAAACCACGGGUUGGCGCAUAUAAAGCAUUUACUAAGACAAAAGCUGAGACAAUACGCUUUAAGACAUAAAGGUAUUCACUCAUUAAAACAUCAAGGGAAACAUGGGUUGAAACUUGAGCAUAAACAUGCAUUGAAACAAAAAGGGAAACAUGGACAUAAACACGGUUUGAAACAUCAAGGGAAACAUGGACAUAAAGACAAGCUCGCUUUGAAACAUCACGGGAAACAUGAACAUAAACAUAAACCCGGAUCGAAACAUCAAGGGAAACAUGGACAUAAACAUAAACCCGGAUCGAAACAUCAAGGGAAACAUGGACAUAAAGACAAGCUCGCUUUGAAACAUCAAGGGAUACAUGGACAUAAACAUAAACCCGGAUCGAAACAUCAAGGGAAACAUGGACAUAAACAUAAACACUCAUCGAAACAUCAAGGGAAACAUGGACAUAAACAUAAACACGCAUCGAAACAUCAAGAGAAACAUGGACAUAAACAUAAACCCGGAUCGAAACAUCAAGGGAAACAUGGACAUAAACAUAAACCCGGAUCGAAACAUCAAGGGAAACAUGAACAUAAACAUAAACACGCACUGAAACAUCAAGGGAAACAUGGACAUAAACAUAAACCCGGAUCGAAACAUCAAGGGAUACAUGGACAUAAACAUAAACCCGGAUCGAAACAUCAAGGGAAACAUGGACAUAAACAUAAACAGGCAUCGAAACAUCAAGGGAAACAUGGACAUAAACAUAAACACGCACUGAAACAUCAAGGGAAACAUGGACAUAAACAUAAACCCGGAUCGAAACAUCAAGGGAAACAUAAACAUAAACAUAAACACGCACUGAAACAUCAAGGGAAACAUGGACAUAAACAUAAACCCGGAUCAAAACAUCAAGGAAAACAUGGACAUAAACAUAAACCCGGAUCGAAACAUCAAGGGAAACAUGGACAUAAACAUAAACACCCAUCGAAACAUCAAGGGAAACAUGGACAUAAACAUAAACCCGGAUCGAAACAUCAAGGGAAACAUGGGCAUAAACAUAAACCCGGAUCGAAACAUCAAGGGAAACAUGGACAUAAGCACAAGCACGCAUCGAAACAUCAAGGGAUACAUGGACAUAAACAUAAACCCGGAUCGAAACAUCAAGGGAAACAUGGACAUAAACAUAAACCCGGAUCGAAACAUCAAGGGAAACAUGGACAUAAACGUAAACACGGGUUGAACCAUGGAUUGAAGCAUAACCACAAACACACAUCGAAAAAGGGGAAUCAAGGAGUGAGCCACAAACAUAAAGGGAAACAUGGAUUGAAACAUAAACCACCUGUGUUAAAUCAUGAUGCAAAAGCUAAUCACCUUUUAACACACACAGUCAAACAUGAAGAUGUUUUCAAACAUAGAGCGAAACCCGGAGUAAAGCAUAAGAACAAAUUGACACAUAAGGGGACGCAUGGAGUGAAGCAUAAACCCGCUGCCGAGAAGAAGUGUCCUCCGAUGAAUACUUGGAAUGACAAGCUUGGUCGCUGUGUAAAACUGCAUUGCAUGCUGCCUAUGGUGUGGAACAGAUCAAAACAGAUCUGUGAGAUGCCAAGGUGUCCACCGAAACAGGAGUGGGAUGCGAAACUAAUGAAAUGCCUGCCAAUGACUGCACAAGCAACAAAACCCAAACCAAAGUCUUCAACCGAGAAAUCCCACCAGGCGAAACCUGUCGCUCAGAAAAUUCACAAGACUAAAAUUGCGAAAUCCAAAAUCGGACACAAUAAUGUACCCAAACCAUUAGUAUUGUUUAUUUCAUCAAAACAGAAGUCGAACCUCAAAUCAAAUAAAAAUAAGAAGUCCGCAAUUGGUACUAAGAAAAAAGAGCCGAAAGCUACCCCAUUGGAGAAGCAUGUGUCCAAAACAGCAGCCAAUGGGAACACACCAAAAAAAGCAACCAAUACGAACAUGUCCAAAACAGCAGCCAGAGCGAACAUGUCCAAAACAGCAGCCAGAGCGAACAUGUCCAAAACAGCAGCCAGAGUGAACAUGUCCAAAACAGCAGCCAAGGCGGACAUGUCCAAAACAGCCACCAAGGCGAACAUGUCCAAAACAGCCACCAAGGCGAACAUGUCCAAAACAGCAGCCAGAGCGAACAUGUCCAAAACAGCAACCAGAGCGAACAUGUCCAAAGAAGGAAUCAAGACGAACAUGUCCAAAGAAGGAAUCAAGGCGAACAUGUCCAAAGAAGGAAUCAACACGAACAUGUCCAAAGAAGGAAUCAACACGAACAUGUCCAAAACAGCAACCAAAAAGAAACGAGGAAGUGAAAACAAGAGAACAUACAAGCCGAAGUCUUAUGGAGUUCAAACGAACUCGCAUGGAAUUAAAACAACAUAUGGAAGGAAGAGAGGAGGGUCUUCGUCUGGAGAAAACGAAGAGGCUGAGACACAAUCAAGUAGCGGUGCUGAGAAGGGUCGUUCGGGAACCGAACAGAGUUCGCACAGACGGCGUUACGGAGAGAUGCCCCGCAGGAGUAGCAGUAUGCGAGGGGAACGGUACGAAGAGUCUGAGCGCCCGAAUUAUUGAGCCUUGUUUGGUUCCGUAUUUAGUGCAAAUUUCUGGCCCUGUAGUCAUUAAAACUGGUUUUCGGUGAA